AUGGCAGCUCAUUUGCCCACCAUUAGCCCAAUGCAAUCCACACAGAACUCACACUCACAGCUCCUUCUGCUCCUUGUGUCUUUGUUGCUCCUUUUCCCUGGCGAAUCCCAUGGGGAUGUCAACAGAUUGCUGCUGGAUCAGCUUAACCAGGUGGGAUUGGUUAACCUCCUAGAACAGGCAACGCGACCCAAUGUACCCCAAGAUCUCUCGAACUAUGACUUUAUUGUAGUCGGAGCUGGAGCAGCUGGUAGCUCAUUGGCCGCCCGCCUUUCGGAGAAUCCACAAUGGAGUGUGGCCCUCAUCGAAGCUGGAGGUGUGGAGAACAUAGCCCAUCUGACGCCAGUGGUAGCUGGUUAUCUCCAGCAGACAGCAUCGAAUUGGGGAUACAAAUCGGUGCCCCAGAAGUUGUCAUGCCACGGAAUGAACAAUAACGAGUGUGCUCUGCCGCGUGGCAAAGUUCUGGGUGGCACCAGUUCCAUCAACUAUAUGAUCUACAAUCGUGGUAAUCGAAGGGAUUUUGAUGGCUGGGCAGCAGCUGGAAAUCCCGGUUGGAGUUAUGAGGAGGUAUUACCCUAUUUCCUAAGGAGUGAAAAUGCCCAACUUCAGGGAUUGGAGAACUCCCCCUAUCAUAAUCACAGUGGCCCACUGAGUGUGGAAUAUGUGCGUUUUCGAUCGAAAUUAGUAGAUGCCUUUGUGGAAGCCUCAGUGGAAUCAGGACUACCUCGUACGGAUUACAAUGGAGAGUCACAGUUUGGAGUUUCCUAUGUCCAAGCGACUACACUUAAUGGCAGAAGGCACUCUGCCUAUUCAGCGUAUAUAAAGCCAGUGAGGGAUUUCCGCCCAAAUCUACAGAUUUUCACCUUUUCCCGAGUGACUCGGAUACUGAUCGAUGAGGGCACUAAAACCGCAUACGGCGUGGAGUUUCACUAUAAAAACAAGGCCUAUACUUUCAAGGCUCGCAGGGAGGUUAUAAUAUCAGCGGGAACCUUCAAUUCCCCUCAACUACUAAUGCUCUCGGGGAUUGGACCAGAAGAUAACCUUAAAGCCAUUGGAAUUCCCCUUAUCAAAGCCCUGCCAGUGGGCAAGAAGAUGUACGAUCACAUGUGCCACUUUGGACCCACUUUUGUGACCAACACAACGGGUCAAACGACCUUCACAUCUAGAGUCACAGCCGCUGAGGUUUUAUCCUACCUCCUAGCCGGAAAUCCGGCCACUAAACUGAGUUCCAUUGGUGGAGUUGAGGCCUUGGCUUUCCUCAAAACUCAGCGAUCAAAACUACCACAGGAUUGGCCAGAUAUCGAGUUAAUAAUGGUCACUGGCAGUUUGGCCAGUGAUGAAGGCACAGGACUGAAGUUGGGAGCGAAUUUCAAGGAUGAAAUAUACGACCGGAUGUACAGGGAACUGGCAGAUGCCGAGCAGGAUCACUUUACCCUGCUGGUAAUGCAAUUCCAUCCAAAGUCUAUAGGUCGCCUUUGGUUGAGGGAUCGCAAUCCCUUAAGCUGGCCCAUGAUCGAUCCCAAAUACUUUAUAGCCGAGGAGGAUGUAGAAUUCCUACUGGAUGGUAUCAAAGCCAGUCUGAGGAUCAUACAGAUGCCAGCGAUGCAAAGGAUUGGGGCAAGAUUACUCAAAAGAACAGUGCCAGGAUGUGAGAGUUUCAAGUUUGCCUCGGAUGAUUAUUGGAGGUGUUCUAUACGAACGCUUUCCUAUACACUGCACCACCAAGUGGCCACCUGUCGGAUGGGACCCGAAACUGAUCCCACAACUGUGGUCAAUCAUCAGCUUAAGGUUCAUGGCAUGAGAAGACUUCGGGUGGUGGACACCAGUGUGAUCCCAGUGCCACCCACCGCCCACACAAAUGCAGCGGCAUUUAUGAUUGGAGAAAAGGCAGCGGACAUGAUACGAUCGGAAUGGAGUUAAGUAUUAUUUUUUUUAUAGAUAUGGAAAGUUUAGGUAAAAGCCAUAAAGAAACCAUUAUGGAAUUCAGAUUUUUGGGAUAUCCUUUUCAUAGGAGUAUAGGUAGUCAAUAUAACUCAGUGGUUAAGUUUUUAGUUAUAAGUUCGUGAAAUAUUUUUGAAUAUCCAUAACAACCUUCGUGCUCAAAAUCCAUUACGUGUAAUAUGCGUGCCCCCAACAAUUAUGCCUCCCUUGGCAUCUAAUAAACAAACAGAAUUCCCAUUAAAGGAUUAUCGAUACUUGGCUAAAUGUAUUAUUUCAUUAUAUCGUUUGCCAAAAAGGCGAAAAAAGUGAAGAGCAAACUCUUCUAUUAGUCCCCCGUUAUUGUUUGACUUGGCAAGUUAAUUAAAUCGAAUUACCUUAACGAGUU